UCGGAUACGGAGAUAGACUCAUCGGCCUUUGUGGAACUCCUAAUUAUAUGGCUCCUGAAAUGGCCAAGCGCAUGGCAUAUACAAGAUCUGUGGACUGGUGGAGCUUCGGAGUGGUUAUUUACGUAAUGCUAACUAGAUACUUACCCUUUGAAGGCCGUGAUAUUGAGACGUUAUAUGCUAAUAUUGCCAAACGUAAACUGAAAAUACCAGCGUCAUUGUCUAGUAAAGCCACUUCAAUACUAAGUAGGUUACUGAGUAAAAACCAUGUGAAGCGUCUGGGAUCCAGCGAGAGAGAUGCAGAGGACGUGAAAGACCAUCCUUUUUUUCAACAUAUAGAUUGGAACGCAUUGUUAUUACAAAAUGUGACACCUCCAUUUGUGCCAACCAUCAACGGAGCCGAAGACGUCAGCAACUUUGAUGCAAUAUUCACCUCGGAAGCGCCUAUUAUAACUCCACCAGUAAGACGAAGAGUUCCACCGUUAUUAGAGAAGCAGACAUUUGAGGAUUUUUGUUGGAGGGCAGAUUGGAGUUAG